UAAUUGUGUUAAUAAUCCAAAAAUGUAAGCUUUUAACAAUAUAACUGAGUCCAUCCUCAAAUUUAUAAAGCAAGUAUUGAGCUGUUAUAAUAUUUAUAUAUCAGGUUGUUGAAGCCAACUUCCAGCAAUUGAACCAUUAUGGUAACUAGAACAGAUGCUUAAACAUUGAUUCAAUGUUCAAAUUGAUCACAAUCAUAAUAAACUAUAAUGGAUGAUGAUUUUAUUCAGCGCCCACGAAAGCCCAGAUCAAAAGAUUCAUUUCAGAUGGAAUUAAAGGCUAAAAUAAAAGAAAGAAAAACUAAAGGGCUUGCAGCAGAUGUUACAGACACUGAUGAAGAUGCUCUGGAUUCCCCUAAAGAUGAAUAUUCAAGUUAUAAGAAUCGACCAGGGUCUGCUAAAAGAAGAUUAGACCAGCCAUCUGAAUUUAGCAAAGGAAUAGGUACAACAACAAUGGGUUCAAGAGAUCUUAAGAAACUCCUUGGUCACAAAAGCUUUGGCUCAGAUGAUGAAGAUGAAGAAGUAGCUUCAACUUUUGGAAAUACUGGAGGGAAAGGCUUAUGGCAGCCCCCUGGACUAAAAACACCCUCCCCACAACAAGAAUCAAAAUUUUUACGCAAAAAUCACAAAACUCCUAAAGAGCCAUUGGUAGAUUCUAUUGGUGGUAGGAAGACACCAUUAAAUGAAUCAUUAACUAAGGAAGAAAUUAUUUUUGGCAGGAAAACACCCUCAGAAGGAAAAAAAAGUCCUAGUGAUGGGCUGUUCCAGCGUCUUAAUGGAAGUGAUGGAGUAACUGAUAAACAGUGGCAUCCUCCAAAUUUUCGUAAUGUCUCCCCUAACUCAUCAGUGGAACCCAAUAAAGGAUCUCAUGGUGUCACUCCAGUAGACUCUAUGCUUGAUACCAUCUCUGAAACUCCAAGGGAAAAGAUGACACCCAGAAUUCAGAGAGGACAGAAGACUGACACCUCUCCGAGAUCCACAUACAUUGAUGAAAAACCCAAGCCAACAGCUAGAAACAAAGAACUUAACCGGACAUCUCCUUCUUUGGAUAUUUCAAGAAAUGAAAAAAGAAGCACGCCUACAUCUAGUGUAGGAAGAACAUCACCAGCAUAUUUGGAUCUUUUUGGUCACAGUAGAACUUCAGGCAAAGAAGAGUUAGAGUCUUAUAUGUCAGAUAAGAAGCUGAACAAAGACAAAAACUCCUUUUCUAGACAAUCAACUAGUUCCAGUCCCACUAGAGAAUCUAAACGAGAGCAGAUCAGAAGUAAAAGCCCAGAAUCUACCAGUAAGUCAGUGCUGGAAGAGAGGAAAACUCCAAACUCUUUUAGAAAAGAUUUUACAGGCAGAAAAACACCAACAGAAUCCAAGUCUGAGCUCAAAAACAGAAAAUCUCCAAUGGAUAAAAAAUAUGAAGAAGAAAAAAAAUCCCCUGAAACUCCAUCCCUGUUAGAUUUGAUGACAGGAACAGACACAUCUGUUGAACCUAAACCCUCUGCCCGGAGCAGAAAGUCUAAAUUUUCAGACCAACAAGAAGACAGAGAAGAAAAAAAAAGCAUGAAAAGCAGUAUUUCCAGAGAUGGAUCUAUUGAAGAUAAAAUGUCAUCAAAAUUACCUAGUAAAUCAAAUAAUGACCUAAGGAAGAUUCCCUCUGUUAUCUCCCCAUUAAAGUACAAACAGCCAAAUCCAGAAGAAACCAGUUCCAUUUGUGAGGAGAUUCCUCCAGAUCCUAACAAGCAUGUGUCAAAAGCUGUGUCAGAAAAAAUGUCAACAGACCGAGAAAAAACAGAAAGUUUUAUAGACACUGUUGCUGGUGCUCAAACCAUGCAAUACAUUUCCCCUGCUAAGAAAAUUAGGCCAGUUACAGCUGGUGCCAAAGUAGAACAUAGGCCCAAACCACGGUAUGGCUUGCUACCCGGGCAGACCAUUAAACAGAGUCCAGAAGAGCGCCAAUUCAGCAGCACUAGUGACAUACGAGAGGCUAUAUAUCUAGAAUGGUAUCAAGAGCAUUUAAAGUCUGCAAGAAAAAAGAAAAAGGAAGAGGAAAUGAAAGCUAAGGAAGAGGAAGAGAAAAAGAAAAAGGAGAAAGAAGAAAAAGAUCUGAAUGCUCUGAAAUCCUACCAAUCCUGGAUGGAAAACAAGAAAGAGGCUAUUCUUUCAGAAAAAGCAAAAAAGGAAAAAGAAGAGAUGAAAAAAAAAGAAAAAGAAAGGCUUGACAAUGAACAGAAAAAAGAAGAAGCACAGAAGUCAUUUGAAUCUUGGAAAAAGAAAAAAGAUGUAGUCAUAAAGAAAGAUAUCAAAGUAAAGCUAAAGGAAAAGCAAAAAGAAGAAGAAGAAAUGAAACAAACCAAACGUGAAAAAGAAAAGGAUAACCUAUCUGCUUUUAACAAAUGGAAAAAGAAAAAAGAUGAAGCAUUGAUUGAAGGAAUAAAAAAGAAGAAACUUAGUAAAGAAGAUGAAGAGAAAGAGAUCAAAGAACUACAAGAAAAAGAAAAAAAAGCUAGUGAACUGUAUGAAGAAUGGCUGGCUAAAAAGGAGGAAAAGGCCAACCUGGAAAAGAAAAAGGCAAAGCAGAAAAUGCAAAGUGACCAAGAUAACUAUCAACCUGCAUGGUUCCCAGCCAGCCGGACUAUUCCCUUUGGGAGAUGAUGCAUAAGUCAGAAGGGAGCUGCAAUUAUAUUAUAGUGCAUCAUUGGGAAUACAUUUCCAGGGUAGUUGCAUCUUUUAACAUUGAUAUCAUCAAUCUCUAGGAUGUGACCAAGAGGUGACAAAUUUCACUAGAAGGUGACUUAGUUGGUGACUAAUUCCUCUAGAAUGUGACUAAUUUGGUUACCUAUUUUUCUAGAAUGAUGAUAUAUUUCUAAUCUAAUUAUGCUGGUGCCAUAUUUCUCUGUAAUAUGAUGGUGAUGACAUAAUUUGUAUUGUUAUUCUAAGAAAGCUUAACUGACUGUGAUGUUCUAAAAUUAUAUUCUAUUUUUUCAGUUAAAAUACACUUUUAAUAAAUAAAUUCAAGCACAUCAUUUAUUUUAAUUGUAUACAUCUUAUUCAUAUGCUUUCGCUUUUCUUUCCUUCAAUGUAAUUAUAUAUUUUAAUGAUAUUUCAUAUAUCAUUCAUGUCUUGAUAAUUGUGUAUUUUUUUGCCUUAGUAGUCAUUAAACAAGUGAUCAAAGUUA